AUUGGUCAAAAAAAUAACACAUUUCUUCCUCUCUAUUCUUUUCUCCCUAAAAUAUAUUGUAAACCUUUUGUUUUUGUAUCUCAAUUCAAUUCACACACACACAUAUAUAUACUCCUUCAUUUUCUCUAAGAAACCCAUAGUUUUGGAAGAAUCUUGGAAAGAAGCAUAAGAGAUGGGUUUUUCAAAAGAAGAGAAAUCAAAGAGGGUAUUGAGGGUUGUGAAGACACUUUUCUUUUUAAUCACAAUGAUUAUGUCAUUGCUUCUCAUCUCUGCUCCCACCAUUCUUGUUAUUGCCGAUGCUCUGCUUCCCUCUGCUCUUCUCUCUGUUUUUUCUUCUUCAUCAUUGUUGUCGCCGCCAUCAUCUAUCAAAACAACUCUGUUUUCUCAUCUUCAGAAUUACGAUUUUCGAUACUCCCUCGUCGAUAUCCCCCUCCUAUCCAUCGCUCGAUCUCUCGUUAUAUUCUGUGUUUAUAGCUUAUGUGAUGGGCCAAGGCUUUCAAAUGGUCCAUAUUUGGGUGUAACAACGGUGUGUUCGGUGUUUUCUUUGAUGCUUGUGUCAUUGAAAGCUGUUUACAUAUUUGGGAGUGGAACAACAGCAGCAACAAAAGAGUAUUAUUAUGUUAGAAGCUCCGAAAUAGCUUUAUUUGUGUGCUCUUAUGUUUUUGCUGUGGGGCAUGUUGUUGUUGCAUACAGAACAAGUUGCAGAGAGAGAAGGAAGCUUUUGGUCUACAAAAUUGACAUUGAAGCUAUUUCAGCUUGUAAAAAUGGGUAUUCUCGGUAUCCAAAGAAGAUUCUUGUAGAAGAGAGAGUCAAAUGAACUUUUGCUAACGUUACUUAGUAAUAGUUAUUUCCAAAUCUAACGUAGAUUUUGCGCCAACAUGGUACCCCAUUUCCUACCAAGGGUAUUAUCAUCCAGAAAAUUCCAAUAGUGACCUUGACACGGAGCACUGAAUAGAGAUCACAUAGGAGGAUUGAUGUAUAUACAUGUAUAGAAUAGAAUAGGGGCACCCUUUUCAUGGUUUUCCAUGCUAAUUCAAUUAAUUUUUAUAGUAAUACCCCGCUUCUGUUCAAGCCUUCAAGGUGCUUGAAUGAUGGGAUGCUUUUAACAUUUUUUUCUCAAAAAAUGAAAAAAAAAAAGAAA